AUGGACACCAGCGACGGCGCCGCCGCCGUGGCGGGGCUGGACGAGGCCGACGCGGCCUUCUUCUCCCGCAGCCGCCACCGCUGCUGCUGCUUCUCCGCGCCCUGGCAGUCCUCCUCCUCCUCCUCGUACGCCCGCCGCGCGGACGGGGAGUGGUGGCACCAGGUCGGGGACGGCGGGGCGAGGGCGGGGAGGCGGCGGUGGUGGCGGCGCGGCGUGGACGCGCUCAUGAAGGUGCGGGAGUGGUCGGAGCUCGUCGCCGGCCCGCGCUGGAAGACCUUCAUCCGCCGCUUCCGCCGCGGCCACCACCGCCACGCCGGCGCCGGCGCCGGGCGGAAGCUCAACUACGACGCGCUCAACUACGCCCUCAACUUCGACGAGGGCGCCUGCAGCCCGGAGGACGGCGGCGCCGAGUACCCCGACUUCUCCGCCCGCUUCGCCGCGCCGCCGGGCUCCGUCAGGACAUCCAUGGCCCCUCGGCGCCCGCGACCAUGCCGGCGUGUGGAGAGGAUAAGGGUGGGUGGAGUUUUGCUGCGUGUGCUGUGA